CGACGUGUUCCGCUAUUGAUAACAGUCUCGGUUGUGCUUAUUAAAGUUAGCUGGAGACCUGGCAUGUAAUGAUACAUCAUGUCAUGUGGGUUCUGAGAAAGCCUGGAAUUGAACAUCAGAUUUUUUGGAAAAGUAGGAUUUGCAAAGUGACAGCGACGCUGGUCUGCAGUGACAGUUGCAUUUCGUGAAGCUUAAACGACGAUCCUUGUCUCAAACCGGUUAUACGUUUGUAAGAGAAAGAAUUUUCCUGUCGUUGUUUCCCCGUCAUUUGCCAGACUACCCACUCUAAUCGCUAGAACGAUAACUUUCAGUGUGGGCGAAACACCUCGCUCCGGCAGGCAUUUCCCCUCUUAGAAAUUUGAUUGUAGAUCCAAACGUUUCGAGACUUCAGACAAAUCCAUGUCACAUCCACUAUGCGGCUGACAAGCACCAUUACCGUCAUUUUUGUCGCACGUGAACAAUUUUUACAUCAGGGGCUUUAUUCCACAACUAGCAAAAAGCUCAAAUCCUUUCAGAUUGUAACGCGAAAGCCAAGAUGUGAGGUGGUCAGUGGUACAAUGGAUGAGCUGGUGCAUGACCUGGCCUCGGCGCUGGAACAGACGUCGGAGCAGGCCAAGCUGGAGGAACUAUGGGAGGAAAUGGUGCUGAGCCCUCUGCAACAGCGGAGGCAGGUCCGACGGCGUCGGGGCCGCAAGCGGCGCUGCGACACCUCCCUACACCCGACAGAGCAUGGCCGCUGCCUGAGUGAGGCAUCCGAGUCCAGCCUCGAUGAGGCGGCCAAGGACUGCCGUGAGAACACCAUCGCCGUCGGCAACCCCAGUGACUCAGACGACAUAGUGGUGGCGGCGGCCAAGCGGCGGCCGUCCUCCUCCUCCUCCGCUGCGGCUGCUGCCUCCCUCCGGACCCGGCAACACUCCUGGGCUGAGUCCGACUCCUUCACAGAGAAUACGCCGGGCCGGCCUCUACGGCGCCGCCGUAAGGUCAAGCGCAUGACUUCAGAUGUGACAGUCAGCCUGCAGCAGAAACUCAAGGUCUCAGAGCUGGACGGCGAGCGGUUGGGUGGCCACAAAUCAGCCAAGAAGCAGAGGCUGUCCAAGCUGAGGAAGGGGCCCUGGAGGGCUGGGGGCCGCGAGCCAGUGGGGGGCGGGGCCAGGCUCAUCGCCGAGGAAUGCUGGAAGGACAAGAUCAUGUUCGAGGCCAAGGAGCAGAGGGAGGCUUCGGAUGAAAACAUGUCUGAGUGUGAGACCUCCAGUAUUUGCAGCAGUGAUCCCGGCCUUUUCACGAACGACGAGGGAAGGCAAGGUGAUGACGAGCAGAGCGACUGGUUCUUUGAGGGGGAGUGCGGACAGGGAAUGGGGGUCUCGGCGCUGCUUCCUGGCUGGGACGCAGAAGCCCCAUCUGAGCUGGAAUCGCUGGAGUCGGGCCUGGACAAGCUCUCAUCACCCACCUUCCUCCAUCCGGCUCGGCCCGCUCAGAGAGGAUACCACGCCCGCCUCAGCCGCCUGCCUGGUGUGGCCGCCCGCUGCAUCAGGAAGGGCAGAAGGAGGCUGCCUGGCAAGGAGAGCAGCAUGAUGGCCAUGUCGGUGGAGAGGAUGAAGCAUCUCUCCCAGGAUCUCUACCAGAAAGAGUUUUGGCUGCCGUCCAUUGGGAAGAGAGACUGGCACCAGUUCAGUCCGCUAUCUCCGCUGUACCCGGUUGACGUGUCGUCAGAUGGCUCCCACCAACGGUGCUCCUCGUCAAUAUGUAAGAACAGGCAGACGAGCGUUCACCUGGGGCUGCUGUGCACGAGUGACAUCAAGAGGAGGCGCAAGACCACGGCAGUGCCCGGCUCGGCAGCAGCAUGCAUCCCAUUCCGCGAGGACAGCCUGGGCGAAGUGGCGGAAGGGGGAGGUGGCGAGACUAUGCCUCUCAUCGCCAUGGAGUCCAUGGGGGCCAGCCCGCCCGCCUUGGGGACCCAAGAUUUCGCCAAACCCGGCUUGUAUUUUGGCAUCCGGGGAGACCUGGAGGAGGACUAAGGGGUGCCCACCCCCCAAGUAAAAAGGGACCUAACAGAAGGAAUGCAAGGCCUGGAGGAGGAGGGUGGGGUGGGGGGGGGCAACAAGAGAUUAAAAUCGCCCUAGAUAAAGGAACAGCUGAGAGUCACAGCGAUUUAAAAAAAUAAGGAAAUCUGUGGCCACUAAAGCAGUGACUCUUUAUCGCCAAACAGGGGAGCGAAGCACUCAAAGGCAAAGCAGGGAAUGUUAAUGCAAUCAAGCGUCUUAAUCCCCUAUUGGCCAGUUUCCUGGAACGACCCCACUAUCCAAACACCCCCAUUGAGAUGUUGUGCAUUUGUCAGCAGGGACAGAAAAAUAGAGUUGCGGUGGGGGGGGCCGCGGGUUGGGUUACUUAAAUCCAAACCCCCCCCCCCCCCCAUAAAAACCAACACGUGCUUUGCACCCCUGCUUGGCUCACAGACACUGCCCCCCCACCCCUUGCCCUCAAAGACCAGGGGACUCCCUAUUAGCAUGGAUUUGAGCACCCGCAUUCCCCGUAAAGGCCCUCAUUUCCACAACAGAGGCGGUCUGUGUUUUUGGCCCUCGGGGGGACUUUGCCCCCCCAGGCUAACCUUCGCCUUUCAGAUUCCUGCGCAUUGAAGUCGGGGCCGACGGAUUCUCAAAAAACUGCUUUGUGACAAACAAACAAAUGUUUGCUUUUUGUUUCUGAUCCGCUGAGUGGUAUGGAGUGGGGGGGCAGCAGCUUCUGCGUCACACAAACAACAGGCUCCUCCCACUCCCGCUUCUGCCCAGCUGUGCACUGAGCGGUCAGCCGCUGCACAGACUCCUGUAAAUACUCUAAGAAAUGAGACCGCCCUAUUUCAUUGGAACAGCCUCGUAUGCUAGUGCGGAAGAUACAUAGAUAAUAAAUAGUAAUAUUAAUUAGUAGUAAAAGUGGUUACCCUCCGAUAAUCCCCCGUCACUGUCCUCUAAACACAUGGCGAGUGUGAGGGUAGGGCCCCAGGAGGGCGGGGCCCCGGGGAGGGCGGGGCCUGUGGUCGCAUAUUAUGCGAUCCCCACCGGGUCAGCGCGGUUGAUGUGGUUGCCUCUUGCGGAAGGCAGGUUUCUGGCGUCCCAUAGUAAUUAGAGCCCCCCGCCUCCACCCAGGGUUUUCUCCGCAAUGGAUUUCCAAUGCCGG